GCUCUAGUUUCACCGGUCGGUAGGUGAGCGCGCGACCUUGCGGACCAAUACUCAGCAGGGCGGGGGCGCCUAUGACUGCGGCUGGCUGCGGCGCUGACGCCACUCGUACUGCGCUUACCAACCGACCAGCGCGCUUCCAAACAUUUCAAAUACGAAUUCGAAAAUCGAACGCGAACGGACGAUGACAUAUUGAUUUUUUAAUAAAAAAUAAAAAGGCAUAAACAAUGUGGUUAAUUUUUUUAUGCGUGUUAGCGGGCACGGCGCUGCACGCGGAGGGUGCCGGCGCGGGCGCAGCGCGUCUCAUAUGCUACGUGGAAAAUACGCAUGCGUCUGAAUUUUCCGAGUGCACACACCUCGUGUACGCGGGCGACGCUAGAGGUGAAAAGCUGGACAACUUGCUGAGAGAGUACAGGAAAAGCAAUCCCAGGCUGAAGAUCAUCCUUCGAGUCUCCGAAGUAGACAAGGACCUGCGCUCACUUUUGAAAUCCAAACACGUACAGGGUUUGGAAAUCCACGAUGCCCAUCGCACCCUCAACAGAACAAAGGUCACUGAACUGGUGGAGUCAGCUCGAUCCGCUAUCAGUUCCACUGGAGGUGGACCUUUGUUCCUGGCGCUGCCUGCUCAUCCUGAACUCCUGGCUAAGUACUACGACUUGAGAGAGCUAGUGAAAAAAAUCGACCUGAUGAUUGUCCAGACCCAUGCUCUAGGCUUAGUGAAGAAGAUGACUUAUCAUCCAAGUCGACUGAGCGGAUUGUGGGACAUGAUGAACACUGAUUCAGUUGUCGAUUUAGUAGUUGGUCUCGGUGUGCCCUCAUCCAAGGUGGUCAUCAGUUUACCAGCAACCGCACGUCAGUUCACACUCCUCAACGAGACCUUGAGUACUCCCGGUAGCCCGACAAUGGAUGAUGAGCCAAAAGAGAUCGAUCAAGCCGAGCUCUGCAGGCAAUUGCAGAGAGGAAGAUGGACCUUGGAAAGGGACCAAGAUUUGUCCGCUCCGUAUGCGUUUAAGAACACCACUUGGAUAUCCUUUGAAGAUGCAUCGUCAGUGGACGUGAAAGGUAAAUAUGCUCGCGUCAGGGGUCUAGCUGGACUGGCGCUGCAUAGAGCCGACAAGGAUAUAGACACGCCAUGUGGACCUACUCUAAGAGCCAGCUUGACUAAGGUCCUGAACCAGCAAAGUCGGGCGCCCAGAGCUGCAGUGUUGAGAUCUCUGGAGAAUGAGAUCCUGUCAGCGGGGCAGGGCCGGCCUCUAGACGCGCUGCAAGUUUCUCCCUACCGCAUCACUCAGAUCGUAGACUCGGAUGGCGUCAUUCACUCUAUCAGAGAGGACACAAGAACUGAAUUCUCUUGCUCCCGCCAAGGUUACUUCGUACACCCGCGCUCCUGCGCCAGAUUCUACCGCUGCGUGAAGUUCGACCAGUACUCACCUGAUUAUACUGUAUUUGAGUUCGACUGUCCUACGGGUUUAGCGUUUGACGCGCGUUACGAGGUGUGUGUGUGGCCGGGAAGCCUGGCGCACUCGCAGGCCUGCCCCGGUACCGCGGAGAUAGCGCCCGUGCCGCGCACUAGGUUCAUCUGCCCCGACGCUGAAGGUUACUACGCGGAUCCUGAGAAUUGUCGAUGGUUCUUCGCGUGCUUGGACCACGGCAAGGCGCCGCUGACCGCGUACGAGUUCCGCUGCCCGUUCGGUUUAGGCUUCGACGCGGCGCGGCUCAAGUGCGACUGGCCCUGGCUGGUGCCCGGCUGCGGGAACAUUGCCAGAUACGAGGCCGAGGCUUACGGCUUCUCUGCCGCCACGCUCACAGGUGCUCUCGGUUUCCAGGGCAAGACAGCUGAUGCGGUGAACAUAGCGGCCCAUCAGAGCCUGGCUUCCGGAGCGGCGCUGGACAACCUGGUCGGCCUGCAGGGCGGCUUCCUGAACAACGGAGAUGCCAUAGACACCAACUUUAUCAACUCACUGGAACUCGAAGGUGGCGCAAGCAACGGACACGAAUAUAUACUAACGAACGACGCUUCAAGUCUAGUCGAAAAUGUUGUUAAAUAUAACGGCGAACAAACCGCAAAUGCUAACCUCGGUCUCGUGCAAGCUACUAAUAAUAACGAUGGACCAGAAUAUACCAGUGGAUCUAUCAUUCUGGACGACUACAGGCUGCCGAGCCAGAAAACUGGCGCUAGUCAAGCGAGGCUACAGAAUGUCGGGGCGACUGCAUCAUAUGCACAGAGCGCAGGAGUUACAAGCUCCGUCCGCAAAAGCACUGGCAAAUAUGACGCCAGAUACAAUACCGGUUACUACAGACCGCAACAAUACAGCGGAGGCCGCUUCAAUGAUGGCAAAUACAGACCUUCCAACACAGGGAAAUACGUCCACGAUCCCACGGGUGACCGCGCUCUGCCUUACAACCACGUCGCCUCACCUGUAGUGCCCUACAAGCAUGUUGAUUACGGUUACACAGUGACCAAAGGUUUCGACGUCGGAAAAUAUAACGGUUCAUGGUCGUACACUGACAGUUCGGACAAGUCAUCCGAUGGUUACUAUUACAACAAACCAACGGGACCAACAUUCGAGGAAGGAGGGUAUAACACUGGAUACACCGGUACUUACAACAUUAAUGGAUACGUUGGCACGACCGACGAUUCUGGAGCCUACGUUGAUCACACCAAUGCAGGCCAUACGCUGACCGCUGGCGCAGUAAAUGUAGGUCUCGUAGGUAAAACGACUCUAGUUGAUGUCGGAAAUACCGGAGAUGACAAUAUACAAACAGGACAAGUCUCUUAUGUAUCUCAACCCGGGGUGACCAUAAAUCAUGUCGGUACGGAUAUUCACAAUCUCGAUGGCUACAGUUUCGCUACAAACCCCACGUCAUCUGGUAUUCCCACUACCGCCACGCCGUUUGCUGUCACUGCUGCUUUGCCGACAGUCACCACAUUCAAAACUACAUACGUUCCUUUGGCGCCCAAGACGAGCAUUAAGCAAAUCUUUAGCGUCACUCAGGCGCCUGUUACAUUAGUCACUCCUAAAGUGGAACUUACUGAUUAUACUGUAAAUACCAAUUAUCAAAGCGAAAAUAAGGCCUCUACUGGUUAUGAUUACGAGAAACCAAGAAUUCCGUUUGAAGAGGGUAUAUCUUACACCACCGCGACACCCGGUAUAGCAGUGUCUACAUAUAAACCUCAAGGUUUCAGCCACCAGCAACAAACGAUCCACCACGUAGCGGCAGAUAUCGCCAGCUAUUCUACACCAGUGACAGAAGUACCUUUUAAGAAAUUGGUUGCAUAUACUACUACUGGACCCACCGCUUCUUCGUACUCACAAACGCAAGGACAACGGACAAACAGAUUUGGCUCUACUAAUGUUUUCUCCACAUCAACUGGUUACAACCAGGGUGAGUCGACCGUAACAUUUGUCCAACCACAGAAUGUCGUUCAAUACACUCAGACUUUACCAACUGCCAGUAUUCAACCGGCUGUCUCCACAUACCAACCUCAAGCUUUCAGCCAACAAACUCUUCAUAAGGUUGACGCGGGCAGAAUAAACGCAUUCGCCCAAAACGGAGAAACUUAUCAAUACACAAAACCGGGCGGCUAUGAUGGAACGCAACAAACAGUUAUCCAGUACACGACACCGACGCCGAUAGUGACAUCAACUUACAGACCGCAAGCUUUCAGUCAACAGACUCUUAACAAAUUCGUCUCGUCAACAGUACGUCCAGUCGUUCGCCAGCAGUACACGUACCAAACAACCCCUGUUACAUUGUACGAGAAUCCAAUAUUAAAGUACACUCAAAAAGUAUUUCCCCAGACAUUUGUCAGUUCCACUUACGCGCCGCAAACGUACAGCCAGCAAGCAAUACACACAGGAGAAAAUGAUAAAACAAUUGGAACCGACGCUGGAUACACCUAUACAAAAUCUGACGUCACGUAUCAACAACCACAACAAGUGGUGGAGAUUUCUACCAUUCAACCUGCCAUUUCUACUUACCAACCACAAUCUUACAAUCAACAAACCAUCCAUAAAGUUGACGCAGGGCAAGUAAAUACUUAUACACAAGGUGCUGGAGUUAGUGGUUAUUUCAAUACACACCCUAUUAUUACUUUAGACGAACCCGCCAAAACCGUCGUGGAAUCAUCCACUGCUGCGCCUAUUGUGACAACCACUUUCAGACCGUAUACAAUUAGACAGAGAAUUCAAACUCAAAAGAUAGUUCCGGUUUCCACUACUCCACUUCCUAAGGUCGAAUUAACGUAUCAACCAUCGGUAACCAUUUAUGAGAAUCCUAUAUUGAAAUAUACCCAGAAAGUCACACCUGUUUCAUACGUACAACCUACAGCAACCGUUUUUACAAAAACGACUAAACCAUUAGUUCAGCAAAAUCAAGUUCAAUAUCAGACAACUGGUCAACAAACAUACAAUAAUUUGGGUGUAGACGUGAAGCAAGCUGGCUACACUUACAGUCAACCUGAAAUCCAAACUAACAUCGGUUCAUCAAGAGCUUACUCAGAUGCCAGCGUCGUGUCCCGUCAAGAAUUUCAUCUUAACACCGGCAGUCAAUAUAGCUCAGGAAAAGACGUCGUAUUUGUUUCUACCACACCUUCCACUUUAGUUUACGAAGACCACUAUUCUACUAACGAUAAAACUAAAUCUACUGGAUAUACCGCACCCGAAACAAAGUAUCAAACCUCAUAUACAAGACCUACAGUUUCUGUGCCACUUGUAAAUGAGCAAUUCUCCACGAUAUACAAAACUCAAGACCAAUACGACUACAAACCUAUUGAAUUUUCACCACAAUAUGACAUUAGUCAAACAGUACCAGCACAAGUAUCCGUCAGUCAAACAACCGUAGAACUGCCCAGAAAGACUGUAUUCAAACAAACAGUUUACCAAGCUCCAGAAAUACAAGGAGCAUAUAAGGGUGAAGAUUAUCUUCCACCGGUCGUAUCAACAGCCACUCCUGUUGUGACCUCGACUUAUCAACCUUCCACUUAUUCAACAGUUGGAACAUCACGGGAGUAUCAACCUGCUGUUUCGAAAACAACGUUUGAAUACAAUGGACCUGAAUAUUUACCUCCUCAAACAACUGCUAAACCUACUACCAAAUCCAGGGAGUACUUACCUCCAGUAGGACAGACGAUAUUCGAAUCAAAAAUAACGAAAACUCCUUACCAAGACUAUAGUGUACCACAAGACACUGCCACUGUUGUGUCUUCCACUACAACACCUAUUUAUAGAAAACAGAACAUUGUCGUCGAGACCGCCAAAUCGCAAUUACUUGGCUUCGGCUCAGUUGGCAAUGACGCUGGAUUGGUGACACCUGUAACUUACAGUACUUCAGCACCCGUUGUAUCGAGCACUGAAAAUUAUUAUGUACAACCUAAAAUAGUUACUUCGACAUACGCACCGGAGCUAGUAGAAGUAACUUCGUUUGCACCUCGAAGAAGCAGACCAAAGUAUUUCAGACCAAGUGUAACAUCUACUACUCAAGCUCCCAAUGAAUACGUCAAAUCUACAGCUUAUAGCGGUCCGGAUUACUUGCCUCCUUCUGAAGAAAUCAACCAGAAGCUGGAAACAAUUGGGUUCACUAAUUCUGAUACUUCAUAUUCUCAAAACAUUAAUGUAAACCCGUAUCAAGAAUAUACUAUUUCCGAUGCGACCCCUGUUGUAGUAUCCUCAACUGCAGCACCUUUGAGGAAGCAGAAUAUUGUCGUAGAUACUGCCAAAUCUAAUCUUCUCGGCUUCGGCACUGUUGGCCCGGACGCUGGAUUGGUAACCUAUACAUCUUCCCCGGCAUCAAGUGUGGGAACUUACCAAACAGUAACUUCGACAUACGCACCCAUACAACAGGAACUCGUUGAAGUAACACCGUCUAUUGUCCCCGUUCGACGAACAAAGCCCAAAGUUGCCGUUGUCACUAAAAUAAACGAUUUCAAUCCACUCCUUGUAAGAAAGUUAGGCGCCGUAUGUAGCUGUCAAUCACCAGUCUUGGUGCUCAAAGGUAGAAGACCGUCCGUGAAACAACAAGAGAUCUAUACUAAUGAUUAUAAUACUGUGACGCAAUCAUCGAGGAUACAAACGCCAGUGGUAACCACUGUAGUUACUCCGACACCAGCGGUAACAUCGACGUUUAAUCCUAUAAUUGUACCUGAUGAUUCAUUCUACCAAGAUUACCAAGAUCAAGCUAGCAAUGACAAUAUAGCGAUCGUGCCAAACGGUAGCGACAAUGGAAACUAUGUUUCUAGUACACCAACUAUUGUUUCUACCACCGAAAAAGUUGUAAGAAUACGCCCGAGAGUGAAGGCCGUUACUGUUGCACCUACAUACAGAACUGUGCUGUUAAACGAGGAAGUAUCGCCGACUGUUGAAAUCAAGGGAGCGGACGUAACGACUGAUUCUCAAUCAUUUGAUAGAUACGGACCUGGUGGAUGGAGAGGCAGAGACGAGACGCUGCAAGGUUCCGUCGAUUGUCAGAGAGCGGGUCUGUUCCGUCACCCAAAACAAUGUAAUAAAUUCUACGCAUGCAGGUGGGACUGCACGAAACAGAGAUUCACACUUCACGUCUUCAAUUGUCCCGUACAACUCAGUUUCGAUCCUAACCUCGGAGCUUGCAAUUGGCCAAGUCAAGGUCCCGCUUGCCAAGGCGAUACGCUUCUCACAAACACCAUUUAAAUAGGUUCCAUUAAAAAGUUUAAAUUGAAUCUCGAUGUGCCAUCGAAAUUGUGAUAGCAUGUGAUCACAAAUUUUUUUUUUUUCAAAUCCUAAUUGUUUGAUUUGCAAGUUGCGUUAUGUCUGUCUCUAUCUCCCUCUUUCUUCUAAUUCUUUAAGCUUAUUUAUUUUUUGAUUUUGUUAAUGUUAUAUCAUAGUUAUUUAUUAAUCAUGUGCUCCUAAUAAAGCUUGCGCUCGCUAAAUACUAUUCAUGGAAAUUUGAAAUUUUUCAUUGAACUUUAGUUACCUGUACCUAGUUCAUGUAGCAUGUUAUGUUUUAUAAUUGUCGAAUCAUACUUUUGUAUUUUUAUAAAUUAAUAUAGAAACAA